CAGCACGGAAAGGAAAUAUGUCUGCGCCCAUGAAAGUAAACAUGUGAGAGAAAAUACUCACGUUUUGUUAAUAAUUUUGUUUACAGCUUAAUAUAUUUUCCAGAAAUUUUCCAGAGAUUUUUAGUUAAAGGAGAUGGGUGAAUUUCGUGUUCAUCAUGUUAGAUUUUUUGAAUAUCAGCCUAAACCUAUACACUGUUUGGCAUAUGAGAAGAAUAAUAAACAGUUAGCUGUUUCAAGAUCUGAUGGAAGUAUUGAAAUAUGGUUGCCUGAAUCAGACUGGCUUCUAGAAAAGGUAAUUUCUGGUAGGAGUGAACAGUCAGUAGAAGCUAUUGUAUGGCAAGGGAAACGACUCUUUACUGCUGGACUAGGAGGAGAUGUAACAGAACAUGAUUUGCUUAGUUUAGAACCUAAGAAUUCCGAGCCUUGUAAUGCUGGAGCUAUUUGGUGUUUAACCAAAAAUUUCACUGGUACAAGAUUAGCUGCUGGAACAGAAGAUGGCUGUGUUGUUUUGUUUGAUAUUGAGAUGGGUCAAUUGAAAUAUUUACAAUCAUUUGGAAAACAAGAAGGUCGUAUAAUAUCUAUAGCAUGGCAUACACAAGAAGGUGUUAUAGUAACUGGAGGUGUUGAUAAUAUCAGAUUAUGGAGUGUGAAAUCAGGUCAAGCUAUACAGAGGUUGACUCUAGGUCAUCAACAGGAAAAUCAGGAAACUAUUGUAUGGUGUUUAGCAAUAACAAGUAAUAUGACUAUAAUCAGUGGAGAUUCAAGAGGUAAAACAUGUUUUUGGAAUGGCAGACAAGGAACAUUGAUAAAGAGUUUUUCCAGUCAUAAAGCAGAUGUUUUAACUCUAUCAAUAAAUGAGGAAGAAGAUUGUGUGUUUUCGUCAGGUGUAGAUCCAUUGUUAGUAGGAUUUGAGUUUGUAACAACUAAAAGUGGUGUCGGUAAUCAACAUUGGGUUCAAUCUACAACAGAGAAUAUACAUAAACAUGAUGUUAGAGCUGUCUGUUUUCUUCCUAACUGUAUAGUAUCAGCAGGUAUAGGAACUAAUCUAUGUUUAACACAGAGAAGACGGGAUGAGACAAUAUCAAAACGAAUAGCUCAUAUACCACAGAAUAUUGUUCAUGUUGCUAAAGAAAAGAAAAUGGUCAUGUUAAGAUAUACAGAUUAUUUAGAAGUUUGGAAAUUGGGACAUACUAAUUUUACUUCAGAGAAAGAUGGAGAGAUAUUACCAUUACGUUCUAAUCCUGUCAAACUAUUACAAUUAAAAUGUAAAGGACAAGCUACAAUACUAUGUUGUGGUAUAUCUAAUAAUGGCAACCAUAUAGCUUAUUGUGAUGAACAUAAUUUACGAAUAUAUCAACUAUCUGUGGAUGAGGAAAACUAUACCCCAAAGGUAGAAUUAACUAAAAUAACAAUGGCAAGAGAGGAUCUUCGUGUACCUAUUCAUCAUUUAGAAUUUACCCCGGACGGUCGUUUUAUAGUCACAGCUACAGCAUCCGGUUACCUUCAGUUGACAGAAAUAAAUGAAGAUAGAGCUCAUGUUGCUAAUACAUUUAAUGUUUUUGCUGAUGGUAUUACUAUGUUAACUAUGAGUCCAACUGGUAAUUGUAUAGCUGUAGUUAGUGGUGAUCAUACUAUAUCUAUAUUAAAUAUCACAAAUAAUAGAAUUGAAUGUAAUUUGCCAAAAUAUGAUCAUCCACCUCGAACAUUACGUUUUUCACCAUCAGGAGAAGAUUUAGUCAUAGCUUACUCUAAUAAUAUGAUAUUUGAGUUUGAUGUUGACAAGAAAGAAUAUACGACAUGGAGCCGAAGAGAAAGUCGUCGUUUUCCAAACCAAUGGUUUAAAAGACAGAAUAAAGUUUGUAGAAUAACCUUUGACCCAAGGAAUGAUGAUCAUCUUGUUCUCCAGGAUAAUAUGGCUUUUGUUAUUGUAGAUAAAUCAAAGACCAUGCCAGAAAAGAAAAAAAGAAUAUUUGAAAAAUGGUACAAACCCAAAAAAGAAGAUGCAUUUCACCAGUGUAAAAAAUACAAUUUUUUAGUGUAUGUAGAAUUACUAGAAGAUGAUUGGAUGUUGAUUGUCGAACGAACUCCUCUCGCAAUUUUGAAUAACCUGCCUGCAACACUGAAACAGAAAAAAUUUGGUACAUAAUAAAAUAUUUGAUAUAAGA